AUGGACACGGCGAUCGUCUUCGCCACGUCGUUGUUCAUCGCGGUGCUAGCAGCAGCCGGCUUCGCGCCGGCACAGGCCGACUGGAACAAAGGGACGGCGACGUUCUACGGCGGCGCCGACGCCUCCGGCACGAUGGGUGGCGCGUGCGGGUACGGGAACCUGUACGCGGCGGGGUACGGGACGAACACGGCGGCGCUGAGCUCGGUGCUGUUCAACGACGGGUGGUCGUGCGGGCAGUGCUACCUGAUCAUGUGCGACGGCGCCGCGACGCCGCAGUGGUGCAGGGCGGGCGCCGCGGUGACCGUCACGGCCACCAACCUGUGCCCGCCCAACUGGGCGCUCCCCAACAACAACGGCGGCUGGUGCAACCCGCCACGCCCUCACUUCGACAUGGCCGAGCCCGCCUGGCUCCAGAUCGGCAUCUACAAGGCCGGCAUCAUCCCCGUCCUCUACCAGCAGGUGAAGUGCUGGAGGCAGGGAGGGAUCAGGUUCACGGUGGGAGGGUUCAACUUCUUCGAGCUGGUGCUGGUGUCGAACGUGGCGGGGAGCGGGUCGGUGAGGUCGGUGUCGGUGAAGGGGGGAAGCACGGGGUGGAUCACGCUGAACCGGAACUGGGGCGCGAACUGGCAGUGCAACUCGGGGCUCGUCGGCCAGCCGCUCUCCUUCGCCGUCACCUCCACCGGCGGCCAGACGCUCUACGCCUACAACGUCGUGCCCAGCUGGUGGACCUUCGGCAUGACCUUCACCAGCAACCAGCAAUUCAGCUAUUAG